AUGCGCCGCCCACUCCCUGCUUUCCUCCUCUUCGCCUGCGCCUCCCUCUUCCUCGUCGCCUUCUUCUCCCUCCACCUCUCCCGCACUACCGACUUAAUCAACCAUCUCCCCAUCUCCCUCGCUGAUGACCGCCACCAUUCCAUCCUCGCCGUCCGCGAUCAGCCUCUUCCCACCACUCAACGCACUUGCCACGACGUUUCCUGCGUUGCUAACACUUCAUCCACCGUCUCCGGUCUACUCCCUGCCUGGGAGGUUCUCCUCAUCGUCUCCCCAGAGACUCCGCUGCCAUUCGCCAGCAGUGACACCUAUGGCUCCGACAAGGACACGCUAGUGCCGAUUCCAAAUUCACCGGAGCUAAUCUGGUGGGACUUCAUGGUCUACGAGUCGUUCUCGACCGAAGACGACGUCGUCCUGUUCACCAAGGUUUUGGACAACCGCCAGGGCAUCAACCGACCUCCCACCGAGUUCAGGUGCAUGUUUGGCGACACCAACGACAAAAGCAAUGCCGUCAGAACCGCUGUUAUGAGCUCCGUACAAGAGGUGUUCAGGUGCCACCACCCCAACGUAACAGCGGUCAAUUCCAACAUAAAAUUCUCACUGGAGAUCGUUGACGCAAAUGUCGUAGUCCCGCCCGUUGCGUACUACUCACCCAGGUCACCUUUGGCAGAGAUUUUUUAG